AUGUCAGAACUAAAGUCUGAAUUAGACACAAGCACAGACCUAAAAAAAACCCUCAACGCCCGUAAUGUUUCCAUUAUUGCAAUGGGGGGAGGUAUUGGAGUGGGCUUGAUGGUUGGAACUGCAAAAGCACUUUAUGAUGCUGGCCCAGGUGCAGUACUGAUAUCUUUCCUAGCUGUAGGAAUGAUUGCCUUUGGUGUUAUCGCUGCAAUCGGGGAAAUGGCCACGUUUAUUCCCUGUGAUUUUGCUGGUUACGCCCAUCGUUACUGUCAUCCUGCAUUGGGAUUUGCAACUGGAUGGACCUAUAUGCUACUCUAUUUAUUCUCCAUGCCCAACCAAAUUGUCUCUACCAGUUUGGUCAUGGAGUUUUGGGUCAGCACCGAUCAAGUUAAUUCGGGAGUUUGGAUAUUUGUUUUUAUGGUAGUAGUGUGGGUUGCCAACUUAUUACCCGUAAAAUAUUUUGGAAAUUUUGAAUGCGUGCUUUCUUCUGUUAAAAUAAUCACCAUUGUGGGGUUGUGGAUUGUUAUGAUGGUCAUCAUGUCAGGAGGAGCCCCCAACCGCCAACCAUCAGGAUUCCGCUACUGGCAUGAUCCGGGUGCCUUCAGAGAUUAUCAUCAGGCAACCGUGAUAGAAGGACCAAAAGGUAAAGCUUUGUCGUUUAUGUCGGUAAUGGUUAAUGCUGUUUUCUCUUAUGUGGGGAUUGAAUUCGUCUGUGUCGCAAUUGUUGAGGCAGAAAAUCCAAGAAGAGCUUUACCAAAAGCCAUCAAACUGACCUUCUGGAGAAUCAUAUUGAUCUACUGCUUUACAGUGUUCUUACUUGGAUGCUGUGUGCCAUCUAAUGAUCCGUUAAUGGAACAAGCCAUCAAAUCAACCACAUCUGCCGCGUCUUCUCCGUUCGUUGUUGCAAUGAAAAUAGCAAAAAUCAACGGACUACCGCAUCUAAUCAACGGUUGUAUCCUGUUAUUUGCAGUCUCUUCAGCCACUUCCGACUUCUACGUAGCUGUAAGAACAUUGCAUGGACUGGCUGUGAAAAGGCAGGCUCCAAGGAUCUUUGCUCAGACCACAAAGCACGGUGUGCCAAUCUACGGGGUUCUUGUUGGGUGUGGAUUUUCCCUUUUGGCUUUCAUGACCUUGACCUCUUCUGCUAGAACAGUGUUCAAUUACUUUGUCAAUGUCGUUUCUGUAUUUGGGCUGUUAGUUUGGAUAUCAUUACUAGUUGCUCAUAUUUCAUUUAUGAAAGCAAUUAAGAAACAAAACUUUGAUCGAAACAGCUUCCUACCGUGGCGAGCACCUUUCCAGCCAUUGUAUUCUUAUGUUUGCAUUCUAUUUUGCAUUGUCAUUGUCCUGAUGAACAACUUUGGAGUGUUUCUUGGGGACAAAUUUGAUUAUAAGAAUUUCAUCACUGGAUACAUUGGAAUUCCUAUCUAUCUGGCAUUAUUGGGAGGCUACAAAUUGAUGAACAAAAGUAAAAGAGUAAGUUCUUCCGAAUGUGAUCUGUUUACAGGUAAGGCCACAAUAGAUGAAGAUGAAAAGAGGUUGAAAAAUAAGGAAUUGGAACAAAGAAAAGGAAGAGAAGGGACAGUAAUGCUCUGGUUAGAGGACCACUUAAUCAACCAUUUUGUAUAG